GGUCAGUCGACGUAUUUCGUUACCGCCACCAUGAAACAUUGGAAACGACGUUCAUCCGCCUUGUUGGCCCUCGUCCUGCAAAUUUUGGUAUUCCUUUUUCCUGAUCCUGGAGAAGCCAUGACAAUGGACCAAUUUCUUGCCUCGCUAGACAUGAUCAGAAAUGGCUGUGCACCCAAGUUUAAACUUAAUAUAGAAGAUCUCGAUCGGCUUAGAGAAGGAGAUUUCAGUUUUCCCCCAUCACAGGAUCUGAUGUGCUACACAAAGUGCGUGUCCUUAAUGGCGGGCACAGUGAAUAAAAAAGGAGAAUUCAAUGCUGCAAAGGCCCUUGCCCAGCUUCCUCAUCUGGUCCCAACUGAAAUGAUGGAGGUGUCCAAGCGAUCCGUUGAGGCUUGCAGGGAUGCGCACAAAGCUUUUAAGGAGUCGUGUGAAAGGGUCUACCAAACAGCAAAGUGCCUGGCUGAGAAUGGCGAAGGGCAGUUUAAGUGGCCUUAGAACAAUUUUUACAAUGCAUUUAAAGAGUCCAAGGUGUACAGCAUCAUUGUAGUACAUCCCAUUGCCCAAAAAAAAAUGCUUAGCAAUAUAAAACAGAAAUUUACACAAUCACCUUUUUGAUUUCAAACAUUGUUACACUUUAUUGCUGAUAUUGUUAACUAAAUACAACAGUUUUAUAUUAUGCA